UCCUCGCCUCUCUCUGUGAAAGCCUAACGUCAUUAAUACGCGACUCGUGUUUACAGACAGCCGUCAAAAAUUGAAUUUCCAAAUCUCAGCUACUUUAAGCCUAAAAACGGGAGUCAUCAUUAAUCUUAUAACAUGUGUGCGCAAAUAAGACAAAUCUUUUAGCAAAAAUCUGCAAUUUUUCACGCAGGAUUUUUCAAAGUAUUGCGUCGAUGUUGUCUUCAUGUUGAUGUGAUUGUUGAACCAAGAAGUUGUCAGAGGCAAAAGUCUUCUGUAAAUCUUCUCAGUGUGGUGUAACAUGGCACCUGCAAGCAGUGUCUUAUUGUGAGAACUCAAACAUGGAUCAAGCAGAAGACCUGGAGACACUUGGUGAGAAACUGUACACUCUGAUUUACCCCAAACACGCAGAGAAGGCUGGAAAACUCACAGGGAUGCUUCUGGAGCUGCCAGGUCAUGUUCUGAGUCAGAUGCUACAGGACAAGUCCAUGCUGAACGCAGCCGUGGAGAAAGCCCUCCGAGCCCUGCAGCUGACGCAGGAGCCCAGCAAGGUAACGUGUAAGGACGAGGAUGAUGUGUCUGUGUCCUCUGACUCUCUGGGGGAGCAGCUGUUUGAGCUGGUGAAUGUUUACAACACCGGCCACUCACAGAAAAUUACAGGAAUGCUUUUGGAGCAGCACAAAGAGGCAGUUUUAAACCUUCUUUCAAAUCCAACUCUGCUGGAAGAGCAGGUGAACUUCGCCCUAAAGACACUUAAGGAACAGAACAUGGAGGCGAUGGACAUUAGUGACUUGUCGGACGCCGAUGACACAGAGGGGCUGGGAGAGAAGAUCUUCUCACUGGUGGAAGAGCUGGAUCCACUUCAUGCAAAUGAUAUUACAGGUAUGCUACUGGAGAUGGACCCAGCUGCUCUCCAACAGCUGCUCAGUGACCACACGGUGCUGGAGGUUGCGGUUCAGAAAGCGCAAGCAACACUGCACACACAGAAUCAAAGUCUCUCUACUUAAACAGAAGAGGACAACCCCAUUUUACACACAGAAUAAGACAUCAAUAUAUGACAACUUGGAUGAACUCUGAUAAUAUAAUUCUGGGAAGAGCUGGCACAUCGUACAAGUUACCUAUAUAAGCACCUAUCUUUGUUUUAUACUGAUUGAGUGGAUUGUGGAGAGUCUGGGUUGACUGGACUCACUGUAAAUAAUUAAAGUAAACCCAAAUGUCUUAUUAUAUUAUUAAUAUAUUACCACUUUCUAAUACAGGGGCUCACUUUGCUUGCAGGUGAUUGUCUUUCUUAGAUAAGUGGACUGAACAUAAGUGCCAGUGUCUAAUGAAAAACAUUGAUCAAUCAAUAUUGCUCCAUCUGGGAGUCAGACUCACACAAUCAAACAUCGGAAUCAUUGUCACUGCUUGAUGAGUAUGUUUACAGUAGGAGAUGAUUUACUUAUAAGGCUGUUAAAGUGUUUCCAAUAGUCAUGCUAUGACAAUGUAAUGUAUUACAUUUUGUAUGUGUACUGUACAUAAUGUAAGUAACUUGGUGAAAUGUCUUUGCUAACAGAAAAUAGAGCAGGUUAUAUACAAAUGAAGGACUAACUUUAUUCUGUAUUAACUCAUUUCACAACAUUGUUACAUCAGUGGCAGAAAUGAAAUGCUAACCUGUAAAUCAAACCUGUAAUUCCCCUCCAUCACUAUCCAAAUGCUCCUGGCUACCUGGCCACAAAAUCUUUGACAUUUAUUAUUAAUCACUUUUUAGCUAUUUUCCAUCGUAUCUGCAUUAUUAGUUAUGUGUAGAAAAAGGUAGUAGCUCCAGAGUUUACUCCCAACUGAUAGGUUGGUUUAAUGAUUUUAAAACAUUAUGUAAUGAAAAAAAAACAAUAGACAUCUUUCAAAGUGCUACAGAGCGCAAAAAAUAACUUUAUUACCAUUUUGUUUUCAUAUCUUGUGUUCACCGUUUUGUCAAGAAUUUUAGAAGAAUUCUAAAACAUUGGGGAAAACAAUUCCUUCUCUGAAACAAAAGGGGACAUUUUUAUAAUCAUAACCGGAUGCCUACAAAGUCAUUUAAUCAGAAACAGUUUAGCGACAAAUGAUUGGAUUAAAAUCACAUCAGUGUAUUAAAAUGACAACGAAGUAUUUGGAGUAAAAUGAGCUCUCAUUUCACAAUUUAGAUAAAGAUUUAUUUGUCUGCAGAAGCGGCCAAUACAAACGAUCAGAAUAUGAAUCCACAUAAUCUCUAGUGAAUCAUAAAUGCAUUUAUUCAUAGCUAAUCAGAAAAAAUUACUUUGCUCUUCACACACAAACACACGUGUAUGCCUAUGCCUCAUAAAUACAAUCAAUCUGAUAUACAAAUAUUUGGAUAGAUUUAUUUUUAGGGACAUUUAACAUUUUAAUCCCAAUUCCUGUUUUUCUGAAGACCACCCCUCGUUUCAGUGAUAUUGUCAAAUUUCUCAGAAGAGAAACUGAAACCUAACUUGGACAAAAGACCCUGACACAUCUUUUAAAGUCAAGAGUUGUUGAUGGACAGGAGGACAUUUAAAUAAAUAUCUGAAACGAGCAACAUCCUAGCACUGCAGACUUGCUCCCAACUCUCAGGUUGUGAAGCCAGUACGAGUCUCUUUUCUGUGUUAUCCAACAUCUUUCGUUAACUGGAGGGCGACUGAGAAAAAGCAAACAGCUGAUGGUGCACUAUUGACAUGUUUCAUUCCCACACAACAUGCUAGCUCCAGUUGACAGAGGAACACGAAGAGCUGAAAUGCAAAGUCCACAAUAUAAAAUUAAAAAGGUGCCGCUUUCUUCCUAUCCAUCACACAUACAAUCAAUCACUCACUCACUCAAAGAAACAAAUGGAUAUUUGGACGUUAGACACCAAGGGAAACCUAAGACAGGAUCUGGGAUGAUCAUUCUGUUAACAGUGUUAGAUUUGAGGGGAAGCUGGACAGCUUAGACGAGCAACACAUUUAUUGUACAUGAACAUACAGUUUUGUCUAUGAAUGCAUCCAUGGAUAAACCUUUUAAGUGUGUUUUAAAACACAUUACACAACUGUCCGUUUUCUGUUUAGAUGCAGGAAAAAAAUCCUUCAAGAAAACACUG